AUGACGGAUAAAUACCCCGACCUCGUGUCUUUGGUGCCUCAAAUCCGUGGUGAAAGCGUUUCCAGCUUCAUUCUCGAGGGUGAAGUCGUGGCCGUGGACAGCGAGACCGGCGAUCUGAAAUCUUUCCAAACACUCACCAACCGCGCAAAGAAGAACGUUGAGAUCGGGGCUAUCAAAGUCAAUGUCUGUCUUUUUGCAUUUGACUUGAUGUAUCUCAACGGAGAACCAUUGCUGGAUCGGUCAUUCCGGGAACGUCGCGAGCUGCUCCGGAGUCUCUUCGUCGAUAUCCCGACCAGGUUCACCUGGGUCAAACAUCUGGAUGCGACGUCCGCCGAUUCUGAGACGGUACUUGAGUUCUUCAAAGGCGCAACUGAUGCCAAAUGCGAAGGCAUUAUGGUCAAAGUCCUCGACAAUGUGACAAGGACCAACGACACUGUCCAAGCCACCGAUCAAACAGACCGCACAGACAAGAACAAUCAACUCGAGCCACCAGAAGCAAACAAUGGCACCAAAAUCCUCAAAGAGAAGAGCGGUCGUCGCAAAGCCCUCCUCUCCACUUACGAACCAGACAAGCGCCUAGAAUCCUGGCUCAAAGUGAAAAAGGAUUACAGCACCUCCUCCGAAACCCUCGACCUCAUCCCCGUCGCAGGCUGGCACGGCAACGGCCGCAAAGCCAAAUGGUGGUCCCCCAUCCUUCUCGCCGUCCGCAACCCAGAAACAGGAUCCCUCGAAGCCGUCACGAAAUGCAUGUCCGGCUUCACAGACAAAUUCUACCAGUCCAACAAAGACAAGUAUGCUCCGGGCUAUCCGAACGUGAUAUCGCGGCCCAGCUACGUGGAGUACUACGGCGAGCCGGACGUGUGGUUUGAGCCGCAGGAGGUGUGGGAGAUGGCGUUUGCGGAUAUCACGCUCAGCCCGACGUAUACGGCGGCGAUUGGGUUGGUGAGUGAGGAGCGGGGGUUGAGUCUGCGGUUUCCGCGGUUUUUGAAGGUUCGAGAGGAUAAGUCGAUUGAUGAGGCGACUACGUCGGACUAUUUGGCGCUGUUGUGGAGGAAGCAGGGGGACAAGGCUCAAGUUCAGGGUGAGGGUGAGGGUGAGAGUGGAGUGGAGCGAUUGGGGUGGCAAGAGGAGUGA